AUGUCAUUAACAAUUUCAUUAUCAUCCCCAAAAUCUGAUGACAAAGAAUUUAUUAUUGAUAGUUUAGGUUGGGACAAUUGCACUCAUCUUAUCGAACCAGUUGGUAAACAAUUCGAAUUAGUAUGGGCUAAAAUCCAAAAAGGUGAUAUCGAAGUCAUCGGUUUAGUCGACAGUGAUUCCGAAAAUAAAGAAGAUAAAUCAUCAGGUGAAGAAAGUGAGGAUUUAGAACAAUUCAAAAAGAAAUAUCACAGUAGACAAUUAGCAAAACAAGCUGAACAAGAUCAUUAUGAAAUUAUGGGUUUAGGUCAUUUACGUUGGAGAGCCAACGAUAAUGAUAUCAAACAAGCCUACAAAAAGAUGAUUUUAGUUUGUCACCCAGAUAAAAAUCAAGAUUUAGGUGGUAAUGAUGAAGCAUUCAAGGCCUUGGUUAAAUCAUACAAUAUUUUAAGUGACUUAAAGAAAAGAAGAGCUUAUGAUUCAUCAGAGCCAUUCGAUGACGAUUUACCAUCAGCUGAAGAUGUUGAAAGUGGUAAUUUCUACAAGGUAUUUGAACCAGUAUUCGAAAUGAACUCACGUUGGUCAUCAAUCCAACCAGCACCAAAACUUGGUGACGACAAGACUCCAUACGAUAGAGUUGUUAAAUUUUAUAAUUUCUGGUGGAGUUUCAAAUCAUGGAGAGAUUUUUCAUUCGAAGAUGACCACGAUUACGACCAAGCCGAAUGUAGAGAAGAAAAACGUUGGAUGGAAAGAGAAAACGAAAAGAAACGUGCUAAAUUACGUAAAGCUGAAGCUACUAGAAUUCAAGAUCUUGCAAACAUGGCUUACAAAAAAGAUCCACGUAUCCAAAAGAAAGUACAAGAAGAAGAAAACAAAAAGAAAAAUGCUAAAGAAGCCAAAGCUGAAGCCAAAAGAAAAGCUCAAGAAGAAAAAGAAGCAGCUGAAAGAGCUGAACGUGAAAGAGUCGAAGCUGAAGAAAGAAAGAAAAAAGAAGAAGCCGAUGAAAAGAAACGUAUUAAACAAGAACAACAAGCAAUCGUCAAGAAAAAUAAAGUUAAUUUUAGAAAUGCCUGCAACUCUUUACAACCAAUUCCACGUAUUGAAGAUGUCGAAUUAAUUAUUGCUUCAUUAGAAAACAUCCAAUUGGUUGAUAUCACCAAUGAAAUGGAUUCAAAACCAGACGGUGAACAAAAGAAACAAGUUUUCCAAAACAAUUUAAAUAUCAUUCAAGAGAAAGUUAGAGAACAAGAAAGACAAUUCCAAGAAUCACGUAAACAAAAUCAACAACAAAAAGAAGUUAAAGAAGAAAGAGUUUGGACUGAAGAAGAACUCCACCAAUUAGCCAAAGCUAUUCAAAAAUUCCCACCAGGUAUUCAAAAUCGUUGGGAAACUAUUGCUCAAUGUAUUCCAACUAGAUCAUUAAAAGAUGUUAUUGCUAAAGCUAAAUCAGCCCAACCAACUCAAGCUAAAGCUUUCACUAAGCCAGUCGUUCAAGUUGUCGGUUCUGAAUAUGAUAAAUUAAAAUCAAAAGUUGGUGAAAAAGAAAUUAAAUCUGCUUUGUCAUCAAAGGUUGAUUUAGGUCAAGUACCACCAAGUGAACUUGAUAAACCAACUGCCACUACUACUACCACCGCUGCUACUACUACUACUACCGCUGCUACAACUACCAACUCUACUACCACCGAAACCCCAGCCCAACCAGCUGAACAAAAAUCUGCUAAACCAGCUGCUAAAAAAGAAAAAGCUGUCGAAUGGACACCAGAAGAACAAAAACUUUUAGAAGAAGGUUUACAAAAAAUUGAUAAAUCUGCUGAAGAUCGUUGGGAUCAAAUUGCUGCUAAAGUUGGCAAAUCAAAGAAAGAUUGCGUUGCUCGUUAUAAAUAUUUGGUUACUUUAGUUAAAACUCAAGCUUCAAAAUAA